AUGCCGUCCCAUACGCCUUAUGGGACUGCGUGGGACGAUGGGAGUGGACAGUUGAUCCUAAAAGAAGGCUUUGGCCACGUUUUGGUUGAGGAUAGUAAGGCAGACUACGCACCACAGGACUACGACUGGUAUUUUGAUUUAUGAACAAAGGUCAUUUAUAAUAUGACUAAAACUUCAUUCUUUUGUAUUUUUGGAUUACUUGAUUCUUUUGUAUUUUUGUUUCCUAGUUAGGUGUGCUCCACCACAAAUAUAACUAAAACUCCAGUCUGGGAAAUCUUAGGCAGAUUGCCGAAUAGAUUCCCACCAUCAUAAGCCUAAAACUUAAAGAGCAUGACUACGAGGAUGAACAUUGGUAUUUUGAUUUAUGAAAAGAUUUUUCUGUGUAAAGUUUUUAGCCUAAAGAACUUUUCUACUCGAGCCUGUUUCGUCCCGGACAACACGGCAUGGCCGUAGAGCCGCGGACCCUCAACCUUGAACCUUGAACUUUUCUACCAUGAUGCGAAGGACUAAUGACACUAUUCUAAGCGAAGGACUAAUGACACUAUUCUAAGCAAUGCCCAAGUGAAGGACGCCGUCGCUGAAAAAGAAAGCCAAACACGACUAGCCGCAACUGGUGCUGAAGUUGAUCCUAGCACCUCUACAGAAAAGGGAAGUAGAGCCAAGCAUAUCCCUAUCUGGCUACGGGUUCUGAUGGAAAUAGCAGAAGUGGCAUUUUCGAAGGACAACUUCUACGCACCAGGAGAAGCUACAGGAACGACUUUUCCGAAGGAUGGUAGAAGCGGGACGACAUCUUCUGAACAAGUAGUAGUGACGGAAAUUUCUUCUACUUCUUCUACAACUUCUAUUAUGUCUCCUUCCAGUAGUAC